AGGUACCUGUCCAUUGUGCUCGUGUCAUGCUCAGGAGUUUAUUUCUUAAACUUUGAUUUUUUUUCUUUUGAGUCUUCAGAAAGGCUGUAGUAAUUUCUCCACUUCACUGUUACAAGCCUGAGACUCUGUUACUAGAGAUUUCCCUUUCCCUUUCUGGGGGUCCCUUCCCUUACACUCACUUUAUUCUUAUCCCUGUGAGACUCCCCCUUCUCCAAGACGUCUUGCCGUUUUAUUUAAUUUGAUUUUAGUUAUUAAUGUUCUCUGGGAGAAGUUCAGCCUCCGGUGACCUCUCCUUCCCUCUUUAGCGGGAUCGCCUUUUCCUCUUUCCCUGCCUCCGUCCUCGUCCUCUGCGGGCGACCAGCCCUUCCGUGCUGCAGUCUGAGGAAUGGAGCUUGAGCGCGCUCGGGAAACCCGGCCGCAGGAAGGCUCUUCCUCGCCUGGAGAGUGGUGUCCCUCCGCCCUUGGACGGGCCUUCUCCAAGAUUCUGCACUGUCUUACCGGCCAAGAGGCACGACUGGGCACAGCAAGAGACGCAGCUCUUAAAGACCUCGGUGCUCUAAUAGAAGACACAGAGUGUGAUAGGUUGUUUGAGGGGAGUGGCGCACCGCUCCGCGGAAUGACUGAGCUCCUAGGGCGGGUGGCGAAAGCUCUGGAGAAGUAUGCAGCCCCACCUAAGGAGGAGGACGGUAGAGCCGAGGGUCACAAUCAAGUGGCCGAGAAAGCAACAGAAGUCGGGUUACUGUUUCUUAAGCUGUUGGGGAAAGUUGAGGCUUCCAAGAAUUCUCCGGUCUGCCCUGAAUGGAAGACAGGUCUCCGUCACUUGGCGGGACCCAUCUACGUUUUUGCCGUCACACACAGCUUGGAGCAACCGUGGACCAGCCCAAGAUCACGGGAAGUUGCUAGAGAGGUUCUCGCGUUACUGCUUCAAGUUACCGAAUGCGGUUCUGUGGCAGGAUUUCUACACGGAGAAAAUGAAGAUGAGAAAGGGAGAUUUGCUGUGAUACUGGGACUUCUCAAACCCGAUUUGAAUAAGGACUCCUGGAAGAAUAACCCUGCCAUCAAACAUGUUUUCUCAUGGACUCUGCAACAGGUCAGUCGACCCUGGCUGAACCAACAUCUAGAAAGGAUACUUCCCCCUUCAUUGCUUAUCUCAGAUGAUUAUCAAACUGAGAACAAAAUCCUGGGUGUACGCUGCCUGCAUCACGUUGUGCUUAACGUGCCAGCUGCUGAUUUGCUCCAGUAUAACAGAGCCCAGGUUCUAUACCAUGCCAUUUUCAACCACCUGUACACACCAGAACACCACCUCAUUCAGGUCGUGCUCCUGUGUCUGCUGGAUUUAUUCCCUGUCCUGGAGAAAGCCCAGCAGUGGAAGGGAGAUGGAGCUCGACCCACCACACACUGUGACGAGGUGCUGCAGCUGAUCCUGACCCACAUGGAGCCAGAGCACCGCCUUCUCUUACGCAGGACCUAUGCGAGACACCUACCGGCUUUCGUGAAGAGGUUGGGGAUCCUAACCGUCCGGCACAUGAAGAGGCUGGAGCGAGUCAUCAUUGGUUAUCUGGAGGUUUAUGAUGGACCAGAGGAGGAGGCUAGAUUGAAGAUACUGGAAACUCUGAAACUUCUCAUGCAGCAUACUUGGCCCAGAGUUUCCUGCAGACUUGUGGUCUUAUUGAAGGCUCUUCUGAAACUGAUAUGUGACGUAGCAAGGGACCAAAACCUUACACCAGAGCCUGUUAAGAGUGCCUUGCUGCAGGAGGCCACAGACUGCCUGAUUCUCCUGGACCACUGCUCCCAAGGACAGGUGAAGGGUCUCCUGGCCAACACGCUCCAUAGCUGUGAGGACAGCAAGGUGGUGAACUGUAUCAGAAAAGUGCAACAGGUUUCUGAAGGCACUCCCUUCGAUGGAACUUGAGAUUUGUAUUACUUUCCCAAGAGAAAAGGAUUUUUCUUUCCAUCUGGAGUUAUUUAUGGAAAAAGGUAUUUAUACACUAAACAUUGUUUAAGUUAGAACUGCUUUUUCCUUCUUUUUUUCCUUUUACCCCCAUAAGAGUAGGGAAAAGAGAACAAGAAAAAAUUGAAGUCUUACCAUUUCUAAAUAAAGUUUGGGAGAAAAAAG